ACUGCCCUUUAUUUGUAUAGGCGAAACUUACAAAUGACAUCUCUCAACAACCAUUACCACUAAUCUUAUGCCAGCAACUACCCCUUUGAACUUCCAAUGAAACAUAUAUAAAAAAUAAACAAAUCACAACAUUUUCUUCUUCAACUCCUUUUUCGUUUUGAUUUCAAUGGCGGCUGCUUCCAUUGCUUCAAAACAGUUCCUUGCAGCCCCUAGAACUGAGGGUUCGUUGAGUUCUCGUCUGCCCUCAGAUCUUUGCCAACUCCCAUCUCCACCUGUCAAAAUCGUGUUCCAUUCUGCUACCCCAAAGAAGCUCCAAAUAAAGGCAGCUGGGAGUACAUAUGGAACUUAUUUUCGUGUUACAACUUUUGGAGAAUCUCAUGGAGGAGGUGUUGGUUGUAUAAUUGAUGGAUGCCCUCCCCGUAUUCCUCUCUCAGAAGCUGAUAUGCAAUUUGAUCUAGACAGAAGGAGGCCUGGCCAGAGCCGAAUUACUACCCCAAGAAAAGAGACUGAUACAUGCAAAAUUCAGUCUGGUGUUUCUGAAGGGGUGACCACUGGAACACCUAUCCAUGUAUUUGUACCUAACACUGAUCAGAGAGGACAUGAUUACAGUGAAAUGUCAGUGGCUUACAGACCAUCUCAUGCAGAUGCAACUUAUGAUAUGAAGUAUGGUGUCAGAUCAGUGCAAGGAGGUGGUAGAUCUUCUGCAAGAGAAACCAUUGGAAGAGUUGCUGCUGGAGCUGUUGCAAAGAAAAUUUUGAGGCAGCUUGCUGGAACUGAGAUUCUUGCUUAUGUAUCUCAAGCCCACAAGGUUGUGCUUCCAGAGGACUUGGUUGAUCAUGAGGCUUUGACACUUGAUCAGAUAGAGAGCAACAUUGCUAGGUGUCCAGAUUCUGAAUAUGCUGAGAAGAUGAUUGCUGCUAUUGAUGCUGUCCGAGUGAGAGGGGAUUCUGUUGGUGGUGUUGUCACAUGCAUUGUGAGAAAUGCUCCUCGUGGGCUUGGUUCACCAGUUUUUGACAAACUUGAAGCUGAGUUGGCUAAAGCUGCAAUGUCAUUGCCUGCAACAAAGGGCUUUGAAUUCGGCAGUGGAUUUGCAGGUACUUUUAUGACUGGAAGUGAACAUAAUGAUGAGUUCUAUACAGAUGAAUAUGGAAACAUUAGGACAAGAACAAAUCGCUCCGGUGGAAUUCAGGGAGGAAUUUCAAAUGGCGAAAUUAUAAACAUGAGGAUAGCUUUCAAGCCAACAUCUACAAUUGGAAGGAAGCAGAACACAGUGACUAGAGAUAAGAAAGAGACAGAACUUAUAGCUCGUGGUCGUCACGAUCCUUGUGUUGUCCCAAGAGCGGUGCCAAUGGUUGAAGCGAUGGUAUCACUAGUACUUGUGGACCAAUUGAUGGCGCAAUAUGCACAGUGUUAUCUGUUUCCCCCGAAUCCAGAACUACAAACGCCCUUCAAAUUGCCAUCACUUGAGCCAGCUGAGAUGCUUUAAAAGGCGAUGAAACAGUAAAGCAUCUUUCAUCAUACUAAUCAAAAGUUUCUUAUUAAUGUAAGGCACUUUAUAUUUUUGGGAUUUUUUUUUUUUUGGCCUCUUUUCCUCAGUCAUUUACUAGGCAGUAGUGUUUUCUUUGUAUUCACGAAAUUGUAGAACGUUUAAACUGUUGUUUUGCCCAUGCUUUGCUGCAAAAGAUGAAUAAAUUAUUUUGUAAAA